AUGGAGGAUAUCUACCGGGAAGCAUAUGGCAAGCGGCUAAGAGAAAAGCAGGCGUUCACCUCCGGCGCAGCAGCGCAGACAUCCCCGGGAAGAGGUGGUCGACCGUUGCAGCAUGCUGCUGGCCAGUACCCUGGUCAGCAGGUGCAGCAACGGGGAUUCCUGGGAAGAAUUUUGGACUGGUUCGUCUGGUGGAGUUUCAUCGCCAUCACGCUUUUCUGCGUGCUAUACGCGCUGUGGGUGUGGCGUGGACGAGCGGCGUGGCAUUGGUUCACUGCCCUCCCACAGCAUCCAAGAGUACAAGCCGCAAGACAGCGCGCGAGAGAAGCACCCGAGCAAGUCAACGCGGCGGCAUACGACCGCUAUCUCCGGCUUCGAUACAACUACUGGACCGACCAAAUCUCCUUCUGGUGGCACAGAAUCGGCAACUUUGUGUGGGAUCACGGGGCGAAAGUCCUCGCAUUCGUGGUCAUCCUCGCGCUUGUUUGGAGACUCUACCCAGCACCGUCUGAACCCGAACCCUUCGAGUGGUACGAAGCCGGUGAACAUGGCUUUGACGUUCCCCCGUGGGCGUUGGAACAGCUGGAGCGACAGAGGAGAGGAAUGAACAACUACGGCGGCUGGGAACGUGAGCAAAACCGCGGCUUCGAGCAAUCGGAUGUGCCGUGGCCUGAGCCCGAGCCAGCCAACAAGAAGAACAAGAACAAGAAGAAGUCGCCCUACCCCGGUGCUGUCGACUCUGAACGUAUGCACUGGGAUGCAUUCGUCUCGACGUCCGCGAAAGAUGGCAAGGCCACUCAUACAGAAACUAUCACCGUGUACGAGAAAGAAGACCCACUCCCCGCACGCACCAUCACCGUCUAUGAAAAAGACGAGAUGUUCAGAAACCCUAUCCCCGCCGGCAUCACCACGCGCUGGGCGACGGUCAUCCAACCGACCAACAUCACAGUCAUCCGACCGACCAAAAUCACCAUCGAAAAGACCCUCCGAGAAACCAUCACGGAGAAGAGCGUCAAAACGGUGCCGACGACGACCACGAAAACAAUCAGUCCUAAACCCAAAGAUCCCAGCACCAUUACCAGGCUCUUCAACCUGACAGUUGAGAAACUCGUCACGAAACUCGUGCCCACUAUUGUCGCCAACAUCACGCCGACGACGAUCCAUAGUCUGCGCCUGGAGACCAUUGCAACUUUCCAAACUGUUACGAUUCCAGGCACAACGUUGACGGAGACGAUUGAAGGCGAAGUCGUCACACUCCCAGGCACAACAUUGACAGAGACGAUUGAAGGCCAGCCGGAGACGAUUACGACGACUGUUAUCAAACCUGUAGCUGAGAGGCAGACGGGGUUGCCGAUUUUGGGAGAUGAGGAACAUGAGCAUGAGCAGGAGCGCGUGAGGAGGGAUGUGGAUGAUAAGGUGUGGUGUAAGACGUGUCGACAGUGGCAUUGUUGUCAGGUGCCGUAUUGA